AUGACCGAGGCCAAUGCCACCAGCGCGGCUCAAGCGAGCCCCGAGGCCGACCCUGCACGAGUGAAUCCUCGUCCGGCCCGGGCACCUCGUCCUCCUAGACCAAAUUACAGACUCAUUCAUCGCUUUCCUCUCCCUGUCAAUGCACAUCCCGUUCCACCUGUAAUUCCUCAUAACCCCCUCUCCAUCCUUAGUGCUGCCCUCUCGUACCUUUCCUUCCUUAUCUCUCGCCCUAGCCAAGAAAUCCACUCUGCAUACUUCGACCCAGCGACUUCCUCCAUCCACGUGACGGACGAGAAGGCGAUCCGGGCGCUAUGGGAGAUGGGCUUUUUCGGCAAAGGCAGCCUGAGCCGAAGUGAACCUAGCUGGCUGGGGCGUGAGAAGAAGCGGAGAGGCUUGCUCGGUGGAAACACCAGCGAGGAGGCUACCAGGAGACGCAGGGCGGAACGGCGUGCAUUGAAGCUUGAACGAGCAAGGUCAGAGAAGCUCCUCAUCGACGAACGUCUCAAGUUAGAGGCAGCUGCGAGGGAGUCUGGUUCUAUGGCUCCAUCGGUCGGCGACUCGGUAGAUGAUACAGCGACUACAAUCGAGAAGUUCUCCGUCAAGAAGGCGAUGGAAGCCAAGUAUCAAGAAUCAAGACUGCGCAGGUCUCAAAAUGGAGCGUCAGUGCCACCUGCAGAUACUCCCGAGUCGGCGCAAAGCAAAUCAGUUCGCUUUUCGUCCGUCGUGGAACAAAAAGAAGCAACAUCAACAUCCACUGCCCCGCUCCAGGGCUCCAGCUUGACGGAUGCAGAUGAACUUGAUAUUGAAGACAUUCUCGAGAACCAAGAGCAUCUUCAAAUAUCCAAUGAGGAAGCCUUCUUCCUUGUCUACGGACUAGGCGUCCUCCGUGUCUUUGAUCGUGAACAAAACACUGUCAUCCCAACCUCGAAUCUCCUCCCUCUCCUCCGCCGCAAUUCCUACUUUCCUCCCCACGCCGAAGCAUCCGAACUCAACCCCGAUGAUCCCUUUAUGCUGUCAUAUGUUGUCUACCACCACUUUCGAUCACUCGGGUGGGUAGUGCGGUCCGGUGUAAAAUUCGGAACCGACUAUCUACUUUACAACCGCGGUCCUGUUUUCUCCCACGCCGAGUUCGCCCUCAUUAUAAUCCCAUCCUACAGUGACCCAUACUGGGCAGAGACGGAGGAACGCAGAGAAUAUGUGACAAGUAAACAGUCCCGCAGCUGGUGGUGGCUGCACUGUGUGAAUCGGGUUCAAGCACAGGUGAAAAAGAGCUUGGUGAUCUGCUACGUGGAAGUACCCCCGCCGACAGGUUCCUCAGAAGACAUCGCGGCCUUGCUGGGACAGUAUCAGGUUCGGGAGUUCCUCCUCCGACGAUGGAUUCCCAACCGCACGCGUGACUAG